GGGCAGUCCUCUUGGGGAGGGUCCACCACAGGGUGAGGCCAGGGUAGGACUGACUCAUCCUACCACCUGUCACUAGUCUUCGGGAGCCGGUGGAGACCGAGCAGCCAGACUCGAGCAGGCAGCCCGGCACGGGAGCGGGAUGUACUUCUACUGGGGCGCCCGCUCCAGGAAGCUGCAGCGCCGGGCGCCAAUGCGGGGCACCGACCUGCGGCAGGCGGCCUGCGGGGAGCGCCACUCGCUGCUACUGUUGAGUGAUGGCACGGUCCACUCGUGCGGAGACAACAGCCGGGGCCAGCUGGGCCGGAGGGGCGUGGAGCGUGGUGACCAUCCAGGGCUCAUUAAGGCAUUAGAAACUCUACAGGUUGUUCUUGUGAGCUGCGGGAAGGAGCACUCCCUGGCUGUUUGUCACAAAGGAAGGGUCUUUGCAUGGGGAGCUGGUUCUGAAGGACAGCUGGGGACUGAAGAAUUUAAGGAAAUAAUUUUUACUCCUAAGAAGAUAAAAACUCUGACUGAUAAAAAAAUAAUACAAGUUUCUUGUGGAGACUACCAUUCCCUGGCAUUAUCAGAAGAUGGCCAAGUGUUUUCAUGGGGGAAAAACAGCCAUGGGCAGCUGGGCCUGGGGAGGGAGGUUCCCUCCCAGGCCAGCCCGCAGAGGGUGAGGUCCCUGGAGGGGAUCCCACUGGCUCAGGUGGCUGCAGGAGGGAGCCACAGCUUUGCUCUGUCUCUCUCUGGGACUUCAUUUGGUUGGGGAAACAACAAUGCAGGGCAGCUGGCCCUUACGGGAAAGGCCCCAGUGCAAAGGUACAAGCCUUAUUCAGUUGGUGCACUGAAGAGUCUAGGUGUGAUUUAUAUCAGCUGUGGCUAUGAACACACUGCAGUGCUUACCCAGAAUGGGAAAGUGUUCACAUUUGGAGACAAUAGCUGGGGACAGCUGGGACACAGCCCCACUGCUAAGAAGAGUGGUCCACAACAGGUGGAAAGAAUUAAUGGUCUAGUUUCGCAGAUAGACUGUGGAAGUUAUCACACCCUUGCAUACGUCCACACUACUGGUCAGGUGGUAUCUUUUGGUCAUGGAUCAAGUUGCACAAACAGCCUAACUCAUCCGGAGGCCCCGAUGGAAAACUUUGGCAUUAGCUGCCUGAUUACUGCUGAUGACCUUGUGGAUGUUCAAAUCAAACACAUUUUUGCUGGAACGUAUGCCAAUUUUGUGACAACUUAUCAGGAUACUAGUUCCACAGAUGUUUCCAGGAAAACCUUGCCAGAAAUAAGCCGAAUUAACCAGUCCCAGGUGGAACAAUGGAUGGCAGUGACAAUUGGAAGUACUGGACAUGAAGUGGCUAAGAGUGAAAUUAGAAUGAUAUUUUCAUCUCCUGCUUGUCUGACUGCAAGUUUUUUAAAGAAAAGAGAAUCUGGAGAAAUAAAUUCCAUUGAUGUGGACUUAGAAAUGGCAAGUGAUACCUUCCAGAAGUUAACAAAAAAGGAUUGGAUUUCAUCGAUGAUAAUGACAUGUCUCAAGGAGAAUCUACUCAGAGCUCUUCCACAUGCUUCUCCACACCAAGAAGCAGUAUCAAUUUUCCUUCUGCUCCCACAAUGUCCUGUGAUGCAAGAUUUUGGGAAUUCAGAAACUCUGGUGGUUCCAUUUGCACAGGUCAUUUGUAAAAUGAGUGACAGAUCUUUAGACAUCCUGAGGCAAUACUGGGCAUCUUUGCAAGAAUCUACUCUCAACACACUGGUCCAGAUGCUUAAAUCAGCCGUCAUUGCUCAGUUGUACAAUGGGAUCCAAGAUCAGAGUAACCGCAAUGUUGAAAAUCUUCUAAAAGUAAUGAAAAUAGUGUAUAAGGUAAACAAAGCUAACUGUCAACUACCAGAGAAUACUUUCAACAUAAAAGAACUCUCUGACUGGGUGAGCAAUUAUAAAUCAUAAAAAUAAUGUCUUAUGUGUAAUAACCUGAUACCUGAAAGAAACUGUCACAUUCUCAGUAAAUUUCCAUUUAUCUUUAAUUUUCUAUCCAAAAUGAAAUUAUGGCAAGCUGAUUCCAACAUAAAAAAGGUGAAGUUAAAAAAGACUGGGCAAAUGAUUCCACCAGGAGAGAAUGGAUUCCUUACACCUCCCCUAUUUUUACUUAAAGUCAGAAGAAGUCACCUAGUUGAAGAUGCCCUGCGUCAGUUAAGCCAAGCUGAAGACACUGACCUCCAGAAAGAAUUAGUGAUUGAAUUUAUUAAAGAAAUUCGUUCUGUGGGUACAGGAGUAAAGUCCGAGUUCUUCCAUUGUGUAUUUGAAGAAAUGACCAAGUCAGAAUAUGGACUGUUCAUAUAUCCUGAAGAGGGUUCCUACAUGUGGUUUCCUGUCAAUACCAAAUUUGAGAAGAAGAGAUAUUUCCUCUUUGGGAUGCUGUGUGGACUCUCCCUAUACAAUUUAAAUGUUGCCAAUAUUCCUUUCCCACUGGCUCUGUUUAAGAAACUUCUGGACCAAAACCCAUCACUGGAAGACUUAAAGGAACUCAGUCCUGUUUUGGGGAAGAGUUUGCAAGAAAUUCUAAAUUAUGAGGCUGAUGACAUGGGAGAAGCACUGAACCUACAGUUUUCUAUACAUUGGGACCAAAAGGAUGUUAAUUUAACUACAAAUGAGAUCACUAUACUUGUGGACCAAACCAAUAAGAAAGACUAUAUUUCUAAGUGUGUUGAUUACAUUUUCAACACAUCCAUAGAAGACAUUUAUGAAGAAUUUAAGAGAGGAUUUCAUAAAGUCUGUGACAAGGAGAUACUUAGGCUUUUCCAUCCUGAAGAACUAAUGACAGCAAUAGUUGGAAAUACUGAUUAUGACUGGAAACAAUUUGAAAAGAAUUCAAAGUAUGGGAAAGGAUACUAUGAAUCACAUCCUACUAUACUGAUGUUUUGGAAAGCUUUUCACAAAUUAACUCUGGAUGAAAAGAAAAAAUUCCUCUUUUUUCUUACAGGAAAUGAUAGGCAGACUGUAAGAGGAUUACAACAAAUGAGAAUCAUAUUUCAAUGUCCUGAAACUUCCAGUGAAAGAGAUAACCCCAAAUCACUUGUAUGUCAUAAUAUUCUGUGCCUCCCUGAAUAUUCUACAAUGGAAAGAGUGGAGGAAGCACUUAAAUUAGUCAUCAGCAGCAACAGAGGAUUUGUUACGGAGUAAUAGUGACCUCUGAGAGUCUCAAUGAGGCCUCAGAUUCUCAGGUUCUCUCACUCUUCCAUUCUGAUGUUCUUCUUUAGGUCUAAUUAGUACAAGGGAUUGAUGGAUUUUUAAUUAGAAUUAAUAUAUAAAUGUUGAGAUAUGCAACAAAGUGAUGAAUCAAGAUAAUAUUUUUAAUGAAUCAUUUCCUAAUUCCUGAAUUGCUAUUGGAAUAUUUGUCUUUUAGUGAAUUAUUUCCUGAAAAAUAAUUAUCAUUUAAAAAUAA